AUCUCCAAUCCAAAUCCGACCAGUAGAAGGGAAAAGACUAGAGUCUCUCGUCUCCGUAUAAAAGCAGGGCUCUGUUUCUCGCUUUCUCAGUACGUUCUGGGUCUCUCUCUUUUCAUUCCAAUCCCGAGCUUCAAACUUCUUUGUCUCCCGCAGCCAUGGCGACGAACAAUUCCUCCAUCGCCAAACUCGGAGACGAUGUCCUCGCAGAAAUUCUCACUCGUCUUCCGGGCCCCAGAUCCGCCUUCAGAAGCAGAGCCGUCUGCAAGCGAUGGAACGCAUUCAUCUCAACUCCCUGCUUCUCCCACCGUUUCGUCGCCCACCACCGCCAAAUCGGCUCAGCGGCCGAACCCGAAUCCGAACCCGAACCCGAACCGCCGCUUCCAAACCCCUCCAACCUGCGGGAAUCGAUCUUGACCUUUCUCCCCCCUGCCUAUCGUCGGCCUAUCCCGUUUCACCGUCUUGGAUUGCUUCAAGGACUUGCUCUUGCUAGGGUUUCGAUCGUCCGAUGAUAACGACGAGCUGGAACGAACGUUCUUGGUCUGCAACCCGUUUACAAAGCAAUGGAUCGCCCUCCCUCUAGCCGCUCAGAGUCGGCCGAGAAGUUCUGGCACUACUACUGCCUCCUUCGCAAGAUUAGUGUGUAGCAACGACGAAGAAACAUCGUUCACUUAUCGAUUUCGCGUGGUGCGUAUGUGUAAAAACACAGCUCAGCAUUCAACAACGUGUCCAAUAUUGGACGUCUUCUGUUCGGAGUCUGGAGAAUGGACGAGAGUGGCUCUUGAUCUUCACGGCCAAUUUGGACCGCACGUGGACCUACUCUGUUUUGCGGUUCCCCUCAAUGGGAAACUGUAUUGGAUGAAUGGGCUAAAUCAAGUUGUUGAGUGGAAUCCUUUCCGCCCGUAUGAUCAAAUGCGUUGCAGUUCAAGUACUGAUGCCAUUGAGAUCAGUAGAUCGCUCUUAAUCUCGUCGUGGCAAGAUUCGUUCUUAAUCUCGUCCUCGCAAGGUGUUCUGCACAUCGUUCUUCUUCGAGCGUUUUCGAGACUCAGGAAAGUUCUGAUCGUUUGGAGGCUUGAAGAAGAAGAAGAAGAAGGCAGCUGCUGGAAGAAACUUUACGAAGUAUCGUUGGAGAAAUUUAUGCAUAGCACUAGGUAUAACGCUUCCAAAUAUACGUUGCAGUUUGAGGCGUGUGAUGUAGUUGGUCACCAUCAACAAAAAUCUGAAAUCGUCUUUUUAAGUUGUCAUCAUAAAAGUUCUCUGCGUUUCUAUGUAUUUUCAUGCAAUUUGAGGACGGAGGAGGCCGAGUUCUUAUUUUAUCACCAUGAGCUCCUGUGCGAUCCGACGAUAUUCCAUCAGCCCAAGGUACAUCUUUGGACGACUCGAAUUUGUAGUGAAAGAUCAUCACUAUGUGCUCACAAUGGAAGCUAUUGUUUUUGGGUUUGAACCUAGCAACCAAUAAAAACUUAUAUAUAGACAAGGAUAAGUAAGGACCUUUUUUUUUUAUGCGAAGUACAUUUUGUAUCGCUUUUCAUCGUGUAAUGAAUCUUAUUAUAAAUG